AUGGCUGGACUUACACUUCAGUCGACUUAUAAGUUGGUGUCUGGGUUUGAGAUUCCUGUUGUUGGGUUUGGUGUUUACCAGACACCUGCCGAUGUCACCGAGAGAGUUACUUUGAAGGCUCUGGAGGUGGGAUAUCGCCACGUUGACUGCGCCAAGGUCUACCAGAAUGAGGUCGAGAGUGCCGCGGCGAUUCGCCAGUCUGGCCUUGCUCGCUCCCAGGUCUUCUACACCAGCAAGGUCCCCCGAUCCUGCAUGGGCUACGAAAAGGCUAAGCAGGCCAUUGAGGAGAGCAUUGCUGCUGCCAACCUCGAGUACAUUGACCUGAUGCUAAUCCACGCCCCCUAUGGCGGCAAGGAAGCCCGCCUGGGCACCUGGCGCGCCCUGGUGGAAGCUCAGAAGGCGGGCAAGGUCCGCUCCUUGGGAGUGUCCAACUUUGCCAUCCAGCACCUCGAGGAGCUGGAAGAAUACAUCAAGAGCGGAGCCGGCGGCGAGAUUAGCGUCGGACAAUACGAAAUUCACCCCUGGUGCCCGCGCGAGGAUAUUGCCGAGUGGCUCAAGAAGCGCAAUGUCAUUGUUGAGGCAUACUCGCCCCUCGUGCAGGCAACUCGCAUGAAGGAGCCCGUUCUGACCAAGCUGGCUGAGAAGCACGGCAAGACCCCGGCUCAGAUUCUGAUCCGCUGGAGCUUGCAGAAGGGAUAUGUGCCCCUGCCCAAGUCGGUGACUGACUCUCGUAUCUUGGAUAACUCCAAGGUCUUUGACUUUAACCUGUCGGAGGAAGAUAUGGCCACGCUGAAGCUGGAUGAGUAUGCGCCCGUGUGCUGGGACCCGGUUCGGGACUGCAAGAUCUAA